AUGCAAACUACAAAGGAUAUGCUCAACAAGCUUAAGAACAGCAACGAGGAAGGAGAAAUGAAGAAAGACACAACGACAGCGACGACUAAUUCUCGCGGUGAUGGUGCAGAGACUCUGAACGUGGAUGAUCGCGUGUUCACCAACGAUCCAGCAGUCCUCGAAAGCUCUCGCCCUUCUUCCCACAUGGGUAAGCUGGGCAAAGUGGACGAACAACUGCAGAAGUAG